AUGGCCACCACGGCUGCGGCUGCGGCCACUACCAUCACCAGCCUGGCCCUUCCCAUGGCGACCGACACACCAGCUUCAGCUCCAGCUCCAGCAGCCUCAGCCGCUCCUCCUCCCCCUGCUGCUGCUGCUGCUGCCACCGACACCCACCUUCAGCAGCAACAGCAGCAGCAGCAGCAGCAGCAGCAGCAGCAGCAGCAGCAGCAGCAACAGCAACCUCCAGCACCCGCCCGCAACUUCAAAGCCGCCGACCUGCCCCUGCCGUCGGCGACGCGCGCAGCCAUAGAGUCGCUCGCCCACAGCUUCAAGAAGAAGGGCGGCUACGACGCCAUGCGCAAGGAGAUCUGGGACAAGUUCGAAGCGAGCGACUACCAGGCCCAGGUCACCAAGGACAUCCUGCGCGUCGCCGAGCUCGAGGUCGAGCGCAACCCCGGCCAGCUGCUGACGCUCGACCGCGGCAAGGCCGCCGCCCUCAUCGACGGCGCCCUCGAGCGCUCCGGCGUCUACCACCACGCCGAGGCCGUCAUCGCGCGCCUCAUCGACAAGGACGCCAUCGAGGACCGCAUCCGCCAGCUGCGCCGCGCCGACAUUGGCGACGACGAGGCCGCCGCCGAGCAGGCCCGCGGCGCCCGCACCGACGACGAGUACCACCAGGACACGCUCGACCGCCGCGCCGCCCGCGAGCAGGAGCGCGAGAAUCUGCGCAAGCUCGAGGCCGCCAUCGAGGAGGGCAAGAGGAAGAUUGCGCGCGAGGAGAGGAAGAAGAUCGAGCGCGAGCGGGAAAAGGAAGAAGCCAAGCGCAAGGAGGAGCGUGACGCGCGCCGUGCGGCCCGAGAGAAAGCCGAAGCCGAACGCGAGAAGGAGAGAGACGAGCGGAGACGCAAGCGCGACGAGGAACGCGCCCGCGACCCGGCCCGCCACAAGUCGAGGAGCCGCAGUCGAAACAGAGACCGCCGCCGCGACAGGAGCCGGAGCCGCGACAGGAGCCAGGAGAGGCGCGAUCGCGAGGACCGAGAGCGGCGACGACAGGAGAGAGAGGAACAGACGAAGCAGGCGAGAGAAAACCUGUCCAAGGAGCAGCUGGAGCGCCUCGAACAGGACGCACUGGCCGACCUGCUUCGCGAGAGCAACCGCAACUCCUCUGUCAAGGUCGAAAUGGAAAUCGACGAAGCGCUGGCGCCGCCCCCUAGAAGGAUGGCACCAGCCUCCGCUAUCAAGCCUCUGCAGAAAGAAAGCUCUCGCGGUUCGCCCAUGGUGUCCGACCGGAGAGCAUCUUCGGCCAUGGUCAAACCCGAAGGAGACGCAAGCCAGUCUGCUACGCCUAAGCCCACAGACGCCAAGGAGGAGCGACCGGCGAGCCGAGGCCAGUCAAAGACGGUGGCUCGUGAUGACACGGAGAAGGACAGAGACAGAGACAGAGACAGAGACGGAGGCAGAGAUCGAGAGAGAGAGAGGGACGCCCGACGCGAAGAUUCAUCUAGACAACGCUCGCGCCACGAGUACGACCGCCGACGCCGGGACCGUUCUCGCUCCCGUGACAGAACAGACCGACGCGACCGUUCGCGUUCCCGUCGCCGCGAGAGAAGUCGAUCCCGCUCCCGCUUCGACCGCCACGACAGACGAAGCCGCUCCCGCACGCGUCGUUCUCGCUCCCGGUCCCGGUCCCGCUCUCGUCCCCGUCGCGACCGCACCCGCUCUCGCUCCCGCGCACGCUAUGACCGUCGAGACCGCGACAGGUCACGCUCCCGCUCGCGCCGCGACAGAUCCCGCUCUCGGCCCCGCCGCGACCGCGACAGACGGAGUCGCUCACGCUCCCGUCCCCGCCGCGAUAGAUACCGCUCGCGCAGCCCGCGGCGCGACCGUUCGCCGCCGCCGCCGCCGCGCCACAACCCGCCGCCGUACCGCAACACGGACCCGCCCGGCGACCGCGCGUCGCACACCAAGAUGGACGAGGUGCGCAAGCGCGAGAAGGAGGCCAAGGCUUACCUCGCCGCCCAGCGCGAGGCCCGCGAGAAGGGCAUGCCCAUCCCCGGCAUCGACGACAAGCGCGCCUCGGGCGCCGGCGUCAGCGCCGCCGACGACAUGCGCUCCCCCGACGCCAAGCGCAAGCGCGACCUCGAAGAGAUUGACCGCUAUGUGCCCCCCGGCCGCGACAGAGAGAGGCCGCACGAUAUGCCGGUGAAGAGGGACGAUCGCGACAGGGACCGAGACCGGGACCGAGACCGGGAUCGAGACCGGGACAGACGCCGGAGUCGCAGCCCCAGCCGCUCGAGAGAUAGGGACCGCGUGCGCAGAGAUAGGAGUCGCGACCGGGAUCGAGAUCGAGACCGGGAUCGUGACGAUCGGGACCGUGACCGCGACCGCGAUAGGGAUCGUGACAGGGAUCGAGACCGCGACAGGCGGAGCCGGAGGGACAGGAGCCCCACGCCGCGUCGGGACCGUGACCGGCGGGAUCGGAGCCGGUAG